UUUCCACCUGUGGAUGUCUUUUUCCUGCUCCUGUUGGAUGGGGUUGAGCUUCAAGGCAGAAAGGGUUCAAGCAGCCCACCUAGAGAAGGGAUGCUUCUCUCUGGUGGGGUUCAGUGUAAGAGACACCUCAUGGCCACGAGAUGAAGGAUAGCCAGCAGGCCCACACAUGGAUCUGCAGUCCAUCACUUAGUAUGGAGGGCAUCUAACCCAGGCCAGGGGAUUUCCAGAAGAUACAGCCACCUCAGCACAUGUGCAACUUAAGACAAGAAUAAACUUCCUGUGUGAAAGAGAAAUGCGGUAACUGACCAGCCUGAAUAUAUGUAUAGGAAGAGGAGAAUGCUCCAGUCUCCUGUGCAGCCUGUCCUCUGUCCUCUUAACUGUGUCUGUAUCCUACUGCUGCUGUCUUGUAAGACCACUGCCAAAAUCAAAGUCGCUGGAUACUCAUCUCUUAGGCAAACUGGACCCGAAGGGAACAAUGACGCCCGAGGGAUCUGGUUCGUGUGGGCCAUCCAAAACUCAUGAACAAACAGCUGGGCAAAACACAAAUGCUUCUCGUGUUUUGUGCUCAAGCAGGGUGCUGGUGGCCCGGCUGCAGGAAAGGAAGAUGAAGGGUGGUCUUCUCCUGCUAGUGCUCCUGUGGGAAGCCAAGAGCCAGCCAGCAUCGAGACCAAACAUUGUCCUAUUGAUGGCUGAUGACCUGGGCGUGGGGGACCCAGGGUGCUACGGGAACAAGACUCUCAGGACUCCCAACAUUGACAGGCUGGCUGGUGGGGGAGUGAAAUUCACACAGCACCUGGCAGCAUCGCCGCUGUGCACACCCAGCCGGGCGGCCUUCAUGACAGGCCGGUACCCCAUCCGCUUAGGGAUGGCAUCUCACACCCGGCUGGGAGUUUACAUCUUCAUGGCUUCUUCUGGAGGACUUCCCACCAGUGAGGUGACAUUUUCCAGGCUUCUGAAGGACCAGGGCUACUCAACGGCACUGAUAGGGAAAUGGCACCUUGGGAUAAACUGUGACAACACCACCGACUUUUGCCACCACCCUUUACGCCAUGGCUUCGAUUACUUCUACGGGAUUCCCAUGACCAACCUGAGGGACUGCAAACCUGGCGAGGGCACGGUCUUCACCACAGCCUACCGGUUGCUGGUGUUCUUUCCCCUGCAGGUCCUCGGGCUCACUGUGUUCACGCUGGCCGUGCUCCGCUUCCUGAGGCUGAUCCGCGUGCCCCUCGGCAUCUUUAUCUUCCUCUUCCUCCUGAUGGCCCUGAUCCUCGUCCUUUUCCUAUGUUUCCUGCAUUACUACCGGCCCCUGAACUGCUUCCUGAUGAGGAACUAUGAGAUCAGCCAGCAGCCCAUGUCCUUUGACAACCUCACCCAAAGGCUGACGCUGGAAGCCACUGGGUUCAUAAGACGGAAUGCUGAGAAGCCAUUCCUCCUCUUCUUGUCCUACCUCCAUGUGCACACGGCUCUCUUCUCAUCCAAAGAUUUUGCCAAUAAAAGUCGCCACGGCCCUUACGGGGACACCACGGAGGAGUUGGACUGGAGUGUGGGGCAGGUUCUGAAUGUGCUGGAUGAGCUGGGACUGUCCAAUGACACCCUGGUCUACUUCACAUCGGACCAAGGAGCCCACGUAGAAGAAGUGACACCCAAGGGAGAAAUGCACGGAGGAAGCAAUGGCAUCUAUAAAGGAGGAAAAGCAAACAAUUGGGAAGGAGGUAUUCGGAUUCCAGGCAUCCUUCGAUGGCCAAGGGUGAUACAGGCUGGUUUGGAGAUCGAUGAGCCAACAAGCAACAUGGAUAUAUUUCCUACAGUCGCCAAAGUUGCCGGAGCAUCACUGCCCCAGGACAGGGUCAUUGACGGGAGAGAUCUGAUGCCCCUGAUCCAGGGGAAAACCCGGCAUUCUGACCACGAGUUUCUCUUCCACUACUGCAACGCCUACUUAAACGCUGUGCGCUGGCACCCACGGAACAGCAAGUCAAUCUGGAAAGCCUUCUACUUCACACCCAAUUUCAACCCUGAGAGUGCCAAUGGAUGCUUUCACACUCACGUGUGUUUCUGUUUCGGGAGUUUCAUCACCCAUCAUGACCCGCCUCUGCUGUUCGACAUUUCCAGAGAUCCACGUGAGACAAACCCGUUGACUCCAGCAACAGAGCCACGUUUCCACGACAUCCUCAGAAUCAUACAGGAAGCGGCUGACAACCACACCAGGAGCCUGCUGGAGGUCCCCAACCAGCUGUCUCCAUGGAACAUGUUUUGGAAACCGUGGCUGCAGCUGUGCUGUCCCUCAGCCUUGUCUUCCCUGUCUUGUCAGUGUGACAGAGAAAAACGGGGUCAGAUUUUGAGCAAGUAGCUGUGAGCCCUUCUGUGUCUGGAGGCCGGCCAGAUGCAUGUGGCUGAAUCCACCAUCUUCAUCGCAAAGGGUCUGUCUUCUCUUGCCGCCUGGGAUGAGUACCGAUUCUCUGUCCUGUCCCCAGAAGUCAUGAGGGAAAUAUCUGUGGUUACCGAGCUGGGGAAGGUUAGGGCUUUCUUGCAGGGUCUGCAGUAGAACAUAACAAACUCAUGUCUUCCAUGGCCAAGGACUUUGGACUUGACGUUGUAGGAUGCAUGGGACACUCACUCCUGACACCGGUGGACUGGGUGGACCACUCACCCUCCAGCUAUUGGGAUCAGGCAUCAUUUAUGUGAUCUCUUCCAGUCACCUCCAGGGCUACCUGGCACAGUGGCAAGAGGACCACCACACUUUAAAGACUUCAGUAGAUGUUAACAUAUUCAGCUUUAUAACAAAUGAAGGGUCGUCCUCUUUCCUGAUCAGAGAGGACAGUACAUUCCUAUUUGUUUACAGGAAGCCAACUCAGUAUUAUUGUUAUGACAGCAUAUGUCGUAUAUAUUAAACACUUUCCACCAUAUAGAUAGCUAAAAAGAUACGUGGAUACAUAGAUGUAUAGUUUCUUUCCUUGAGAAGUUGUGUGGGGAAUAUAGGUGUUUAUCACUAUGUAAAUAAAAGCAAUAAAAGCUCCCAAAGAAAUUUGA